AUGCCGGACUCGGCCAGCUCCUUGGACACGACGUAUGCGUCCUCCGUGUUUAGCGUUCUGUUGACGAACGCCGUUACGACGUACUUACCCGGAAAUACGAUCGGGGCCGACUCCGUGGACAUCUUCGAAAGCGCGCACAUGAACGGGGUCAUGACGAGGGGUCUGCUCUCGCCGUUGGCCACGACCGUAGCGUCGCCCUUGACCGGCGUCAGGGACAUGGCCUGCCUGGCCAUCUGCACCCCCAUCCCGAGGCUGGGGUCGGCGGUCCACGCGGCGAAGGGGAUGGAUGCACUGGACAAUGGAGCCGAAGAACUGCUCGGGCUCUGA